AGCGGGCGAGGUCAUUUAAAGGGUGGACGAGGGGAUUUAAAAAGCGCGGGGAAGUGUGAGUCAAAACAACUAUGGAGGCGUAAAGACGAUGCAGGCUGAGGACGCUAGGUACCUGAAAAAGAAGGUGAAGGUGGGGUCACUGGAUGUGCACCCCACCGAGAAAGCACUGGUGGUCAACUAUGAGCUGGAGGCAACCAUCCUUGGUCAGCUGGGCGAUGCCAUGCUGGGAGACAAGAAGGAGUGUCAGAAGAUCAUCCGAUUGAAAAGUCUAGACAGCAACACAGAUGUGGCGGUGCUGGCAAGGGAGGUGGUGGACAAGUGCAAGCUGAUCCAUCCAUCCAAGUUGGGGGAAGUACAGCACCUCAUCAGUUACCUUUUGUCUCGGAAAGAAUGCAGCAAAGAUGGUCAAGUGUCCCUGAACCACCCUGACCCUGGGGAGCCGAAGGAGCAGGCCAACCUGAAUGAGCUGGAGUCGUACAUGGAGAUGCUGUACGAGGACAUGCCAGACAAGGUCCGUGGUGCCUCUUUCAUCCUGCAACUGGCCAGGAACCCUGACUACCUGGAGGAGUUGUGCCAAAAUGAGACGGUCCUGGGGGCCUUGGCACGAGUACUACGGGAGGAUUGGAAGAAGAGUUUAGACCUCAGCUACAAUAUUGUCUACAUCUUCUUCUGCUUCUCCGUGUUUUCCAACUUCCACAGCGUCAUCUCUCAUUUUAAGAUCGGUUCCCUCUGCAUGGAUAUCAUUGAUGGGGAGCUGCAGCGCACAGACCAGUACCGGGAGCAGCUCACCAAGAGAAAGAAGGGAGGGGAGCUUGGUGCAGACCCUGCCAAGCUCCAGCAGGACUAUGAGCGCAACCUGAAGAAAUACCAGGCUGUCAUUGAGAAGCAGGAUCAGGUGUUGCGGGUGUGUACAUAUCUGCUGCUCAACAUUGCGGAAGACGUUCGUGUGGAGGAGAAGAUGCGACGGAAGAACAUUGUGGGUCUUUUGGUGCGCAUGCAGGAGAGGGAGUCCCCUGACUUACUCCUUCUUGUGGUGUCUUUCCUGAAGAAGCUCUCCUGCUACAUGGAAAACAAGGAUGACAUGGCUGACCUCAACAUUGUAGAGAAAGUGAGCCGCCUCGUAUCUACUGACAAUAGUGACCUGCUCAAUGUUACCAUACGGCUGCUGCUAAAUCUGUCUUUCGAUGCCGGCUUGAGGGCGAAAAUGAUCAAGGUUGGACUUCUACCCAAGCUGGUGUCUCUUAUGUCGGAGGAGCGGCACCAGCAGGCAGUGUUAGCUGUUCUCUACCACCUCAGUGUGGAUGACAAGUGCAAGUCCAUGUUCACAUACACAGAUUGCAUUCCAACAGUUAUGAAGUUGGUGUUGAAUUCCCCUGAGCCUAUGGUGCCCCUGGAGCUGAUGGCCCUGGCAGUGAAUCUUGCUGCCAACAAGCGCAAUGCCCAACUGAUCUGUGAGGGUGCUGGCCUGAAGCUCCUGAUGAAACGAGCUCUCAAGUACCGUGACCCUCUCCUUACCAAGAUGAUCCGCAACAUUGCCCAGCAUGAGGGACCCACCAGGGCGCUCUUCACUGAAUUUGUUGGGGAUCUGUGUGAAGUAGUGAGUGGUGGUGAGAGUGACGAGUUUGUCCUGGAGUGUGUUGGGGUACUGGGUAACCUCUCCUUACCUGACCUUGACUACUGCCAACUACUUACUAAGCACAACCUCAUUGACUGGAUCAAAGAUAGCCUUCAGCCAGAUGCAGUGGAAGACGACUUGGCCCUGGAAGUUGUAGUAUUGUUGGGUACGGUGGCUGGGGACCAGGCAGCAGCUCAGCUCAUUGUGAACACGGGGAUCCUUCACUCCCUAGUCAACCUCCUGAAUGCAAAGCAAGAGGAUGAUGAGAUGGUGCUGCAGAUUGUGUAUGUGUUCUACCAGCUUACCCGACAUGAGGCAACACGGCCCCAGGUCAUCUCAACCACCGAGGUUCCUGCCUACCUGAUUGACCUCAUGCAUGACAAGAACACAGAGAUUCGCAGAGUUUGUGACACCACACUGGACAUAAUUUCUGAAAAUGAUAAUGAGUGGGCCGUGAGGAUCCAGUGUCACAAGUUCCGAUGGUACAACAGUCAGUGGCUGGACAUGGUAGAGGAGGCAGAGAAUAUUGACACCAUGGGUGGAGAGGAGAUGGCGGGUGGAGAAGGACUGGGCCACUCCUUCCUCCACCACUCUGAUGUUCUGGACCACCAGGGACUAUAUUCAGAUGGCUUGUCCUCCCCGGAGAGUGAAGAGUACCCUGGCAUUAAUGGUCACAGUGAAAGUUCCCGUCCCUCUUCUAAUUACACCAACCGAUAUCGACAACAUGUACUUAUGUUGGGUGAGUCCACCAUAGCACCCUGGGUGAGGCAAACCCGUUGGAAGCCUUCCUGAUGAGACCCAACUCUUUUGAAUAAGCUGUCAAGAUUUAGUGCUGACCUGGAGCAGUUUGCUGAUGAGCUACUGAAGAAAGCUGGCGUAUAGUGGUGUCUGGCACAAAUACCUUAAUUUUCACCUAACCUAUAUGGACUCUAGUCACUUUAGUUAUAAUCCUUUCACAUUCCAUGGCUCUGAGAGACCAUCACUGUAAUAGAUGUAAGCAUGCAUUGCCUCUUACAGUAUCUGUGCUUUAAUUAAUUUAAGAUCAUAAGUAUUUAUAGAUAAUAUGCAAUAUAAUCUAGUUAUGGAAUCUUGUAUAUUUGUGAUAACCAUAAAAAAAAAAAAAAAUGCAUCAUUUUGUUUGAAUUUAAAGAUCUAAGGUCACAUCAAGCUUGGCUUGUAUAUUUUUUUUACUGUUAUUAUAAUGUGAUCAAGGAGUGCAGUGGCAGACUUCUGGCAGCAUUGCCUCUGCAUCUGGUGUGGCAACCCUGUCUAGUGCAGCAUGUAUGAAUCACCACAGUUAACAGUGCAAAAGGAAUUGCACAGUUUAUACAAUGUUUAAGAUCUCUGAUUUUGGGAGGGUUAAAAUCAAAAUUUGCCCAUUGCAGAGAUGUCAAGACUGUAGUAUUUAAAAAAAUAAACUUAAAUUACUAAA